AACAACUGUUCAUCAUGUGUUAUGACAAGAGACGUAUACUAUAAAGAGUGGCACAAACUCACAUUCUCUCCAACAACUGGGACACCCUCAGCUUCUCCAGAAGCAGGAUUAUGAGAACCAAGAAGAUGAAGAUUCUGCUGCUGAGUCUUGUCUUUGGUCUGGUGUGUGCUGACCAGGAACCUCCAUCUGAGGAAGCUCUCUCAAAGAUUACAGGAGAAUGGCGCACCAUUUACACAGCAUCCGAUGACGUGGACAAGACACAUGAAAAUGGCCCAUUAAGGGGUCAUAUCCAUAGGACUGAAUGCAGCAACAACUGCGAAACAACCCACAUUACUUUUUAUACCAAAUGGAAUCCCGCCAAAGGAAGUAGUCUCAGUGAAGAAGAAUUCAACAAGUUCGAGGAACUGACCAAGGACAAACGUGUCCCAACGGAAAACACAGAAGAUGUCAUUGCAACAGCACCUUUAUCCUUCAAGGUUGCCUUGUCAUCGGAGUUUGACAAGCACAUGGGGAGACCAUGUUGCCAUCACAGAGGCUGGGAGGCGAUGGAGCAGAAAUCCCUCCGAGCUAAAGAGUGCCCUGAUGUCAGAGUGUCGGAGACGUCGGUCAUUCUCUUGACAGGAGAAUGUGGGAGCUCUGAUUUGGAUAGGAACUCGAUGACUAAAGAGAGAGACAGAGAGACAGAGAGAGACACACACACAGGAGACAAAGAGUUAGUCAGUCGGUCUGUGUACGACAGCUUGAUCCGUGCCCAUGAGCUGCAGCCUGUGAGUUUUAUUGAGAUGUAA